AUGGCCAACAUUACCCUUUUGACCUCUGACCUCUCUUUGCCUUCGGUCUUUCAGGUGGUCAUGGUGGGCUCGUCCAUCAACGAACGAGACCAGAUGCUCUUCAUCAGCACAGACGAGGGCUCCUCCUUCCAACGGCAGGCGGUCGCCUUCACACCAGACACUGUCAUCUUCCACCCAAAGGAGGAAGACAAGCUGCUGGCGUACUGCAAGGACGGACGGCUCGUCGCUUCAACCGAUCUGGGCCGCAAGUGGACUUUACUUCAAGAGAGGGUGACCAAGGACAGAAUCUUCUGGUCCGUAUCUGGUGUGGAUUUGGAUCCUGAUCUGGUGCACAUGGAAAUGCAAGAUUCAAGUGGAGGUCACCUCUACGUUACCUGCCUCAUCCAGAACUGUUCGGACAAAAUGCUGACCGCCCAGUUUCUGGGUAGAAUCGAUCACAAUUCGCUGCUGGUGCAAGAUGACUACAUAUUUGUUAAGGUCACAACAGGUAAUCGCACCAAGCACUAUGUGUCGUAUCGGCGCAAUGAGUUCGUCCAGAUGAGGUUUCCCAAGUAUGCCCUGCCGAAGGACGUUCAGAUAGUGAGCACAGACGAGAGCCAGGUGUUCCUGGCCCUCCAGGAGUGGUACCAGUCCGACACGUACAACCUGUACCAGUCGGACUCGCAGGGCGUCUACUACUCCCUGAUCCUGGAGAACGUCCGCAGCACCAAGCAGCCGGAGGAGAGCGUCCUCAUCGACAUCCUGGAGGUGCGUGGGGUGAAAGGCGUCUUCCUUGCCAAUCAGAAAAUCGAUGGAAAAGUGACGACUCUCAUCACCUUCAACAAGGGGCGGACCUGGGAGUCCCUGGCCCCGCCCACCACGGACAUGAAUGGCAAACCAGUCAGGUGCAAAGUACCGGAUUGCCACCUCCACCUCCACCUGCGCUGGGCCGACAAUCCCUACGUCUCUGGCACCGUCCACACUAAAGACUCGGCUCCGGGCCUCAUCAUGGGCGCUGGUAACCUUGGCUCCAAACUUGUAGAGUAUAAGGAGGAGAUGUACAUCACUUCAGACUGUGGGAAGACUUGGAGACAGGUGUUUGAGGAGGAGCAUCACAUCCUGUACCUGGACCACGGUGGAGUCAUUGUUGCCAUCAAGGACACGUCUAUUCCCCUCAAGAUACUGAAGUUCAGCAUUGAUGAAGGCAGAACCUGGAACAUUCACAACUUCACCAGCACAUCUGUGUUCGUGGACGGACUCCUGAGUGAACCAGGAGACGAAACUCUGGUCAUGACUGUGUUUGGCCACAUCAGCUACAGGUCGGACUGGGAGCUGGUCAAAGUGGACUUCAGGCAGUCUUUCCCCCGUCAGUGCACCGAGUCGGAUUACGAGUCCUGGCAGCUCACAGACCUGCAGGGGGAAAAGUGCAUUAUGGGACGAGAGCGGACCUUCAGGAAGCGGAAGGACAGCGCGUUCUGCGUGAAAGGAAAGAGCUACACGUCGGCUCUCACCGCCACGCCCUGCCAGUGCACCGACAACGACUUCAUCUGUGAUUACGGCUUUGAGCGCUCCGACACGGAGGGCGAUCGAUGCUUCCCAGACUUCUGGUUCGAUCCCGAAUCUCCCCCAGAGAGCUGCCACCUUGGACAAAACUACCAGUCGAGCACUGGCUACAGGAAGGUGAUAUCGAACUCUUGCGAGGGAGGCCUCGACAAGCAGCAGAGUGCCAAACAGCACAGCUGCCCUCUGCUGCCCCCGAAAGGGCUGAAGGUCGGCAUUAAAGGCCAGAUGCUGGCCGUGGCCCCUGGCGAUGACAUCACGUUCAUCGUCCACCAGGAGCAGGGCGACACGAGCAGCACCAGGUACCAGGUGGACCUCGGCGACGGCGUUCGAACCAUUUACCAGAACCUGACGGUGACCGACGAGCCCAUCCAGCACCGCUACGAACAGCCCGGCGUUUACAAGGUGACGGUGAAGGCGGAGAACAUGGCGGGACACGACGAGGCCACCAUGUACAUCCAGGUCACAGAGCCUCUGCAGGAAGUUCACCUGGAAGCAGUUCCCAUCGCCAGGAGAAACGGUGAAGUCAACCUGACGGCCGUAGUUCUUCCCACUACAGCCAAUCUGACCGUCUUCUACUGGUGGCUCGGCGACGGCCCUACGCCCAAACUGACCCUCCAGAACAGCCUUUUGACCCGUUUCCCCGAGAGCGGAGAGGUUUCAGUCACCGUCCAGGCGUCCAACGGCCGAUCCAUGGUGCAGGACACAAAGAUCGUCAGAGUCUAUGACAACUUCCAAGUCAUCCCGCUGAGCUUCAGCAGGAACCUGGACCGUUUCAACCCCAACAUCCCGGAGUGGAGGGACGACGUCGGCCAGGUGGUCACCAAGCUCCUGGCCAAGACCACAGGCGUACCUCAGGACUCUCUGGUUACCGUGGUGAACCCAGGCCUCCCCACCACGGCCGACCUGUACGUGUUGCCGCUGGACUCCAAACCAGCCAAGGGCAGCAUAUUGGUAGAUAAGCGUAUCCCGGCGGUUGUUCAAGCGGUCAGCGACAAGAACGUGAGUUUCAUGGUCCGAGGAGGUCUGCGGGUGUUGGUGAUGUUGGCCGACCCGAACGCAGGCUACCACGGAGCAGCCGGAGGGCCAGGCGUUUGGGCGCUGGCUGUCAUAUUCCUAAUAAGCGUCAUCGGCACCGGCUCGUUCAUUCUGUACAAGUUUAAAAGGAAGCUCCCCGGCAACCGCAACAUCUACGCCCAGAUGCACAACGAGAAGGAGCAGGAGAUGACCAGCCCCGUCAACCACAGCGAGGACACGCAGCACAUCAUCCAGGGCGAGGAGUUCAUCGACGACGACCUGGACUCGCAGACUCUAGGCAACCACUCAGGUGUAAUCCUGAGCAUCAACUCCAGAGAAUUACACGGUUACCUGAGCAGCUGAUGGCUGACGGGGCAACGCUGACGGGCUAGCCCAGCCUAGCCGAGCCAGCUAACAAGCACAGGGACUCUGACUUCCUCUUCCUCCCUCCUCCCUCGUCUCUCUCUCUAUCUCUCUCUCUCUUUUUUCAUCUACGUUGGAAACAUCAGAUCUAUCCAACAGCCUCUUCAAGCCCAACUUUUUGGUGAUCUGUUUGAAUUUGUUUGUAUUCCACGUCCCUUUCUUCUCCUUUUCAAUUCAUCUCAACUCUGAAGACGUGUUUGAGGUUCAUGUGUUGAUUUGUGUGUCAGUGCUUCAAAAAUGUGCUGAAGUAGCACAACUUCCCUUCCUGGUUUUAUCUGAUAAGAUGGUUGAUCAGUGCAGGCCAGCAGCGACUGAAAGCCUCGCAAAAGUAUUACUACCACCUAAACCUUUAUUAUUAAUAUUUGUCAUGUUGCAGCUGUGAACUUCAGUGUAUUGGGCGUUUAUGACACAAAGUAGCGUAAAUCCUCUUGACUACCAUGAAAAAGAGUUGGUUUUUUUUGUACUUUCCAAAUUGUGUGGAAAUUUGAACUACGGGUAGUCGCGAGGAUAUUUGUAAAGUAGAAAGAAAUUAUACAUGACUUCAUUUUUUAAAGAUAAAACAAAUCGAUUAUUUGUGAAACCACAUUUUUCUAAAAGGUUACAUGGAGAACAUCUGUGAAAAGAAAUUGUUACUUCGACUAGGCCACUCUACCGUGUGAGUGUGCGUUUCUGUAAACCGUUCUGCUGCAGCUCCAGUGGUAAGAAGAAUGUCUUUCCUCCAGGCUGUUUUCAAAGCCUAAGAUUUAUUUUUGUCACAGUUUUUAUCCUCUCGUCUUCCCCUUUGCAGCGUCCCCUACAGCAUGAUGCUGCCACCACUAUGUUUCCUGCUGGUGCGAUCAGAGCGAUGUCUUGCAGUGAUUUUCGUGUAUGCCAAAAAGCUCAACUCAGGUUUUUCCUGUGAUUAGUUUUGCUCAAACCAAGGACAGAAUUUGGACAAAAAUUGUGUCAACAAAAUACUUUAACAUGAUAUCAACACGAUUUGUGUUGAUUCUUCCUCAAACAACAAAAUGCAAAAAAAAAAAAAAAAAAAAAAAAAUCAUCAUUUGAGAACAAAUCAAAAACAAAAGCAUUUUGUUGUGGUAGAGCUGAGAAACAACGGUGCAAAAAUAAAGCGAAAUUUUAAUAGAAAAUCUGAAACCAAUAUAAUAAUCUUAUGUAUUCACACCUCAACCUAAUAACCAUGAAUCAUUUUCCUUCUACUUUACAUUAUGCAACAAUUGAAGUUGCUGUAUUAAUAACACAUUGAAGUUUGUGGUUGUAAUGUGCCCAAAUAUAGAGCUUUGAAGGAGUACAAAUACUUUUCCGAGGCACUGUCUGGUUCUGUUAGAGCAUUAAAUGUAGGCCAUGCUGGGGUCGUGAUGUUAAAUGAAAGAUGAGCCAGCUUUUACUCCUUUACUUACUUUUCUUCUCCCCCAAAGUUAGCACUCCUCUCUUUUUACAAGGCAAUAAUAAUCUCAAUGGAAUGUACAGUAUAAUAAAACCCUUGUGAACUUGCAUAUGAAGGGAAUAAGCAUGCAAACACAAGAGGGCGGUGUUGCACUUUCUUGGAAUUUCCACUCACAGGUACUUCUCACCUCCUUGGGACUUCACCAUUAUGUCCACACAGCUUUGAUCUCUCUCUUUUUUUUCCCCAUUAUCCUAUGUUACCAUUGUUCCGGAUCCUUGUUUAAAAAUCGUAUGAAUAUCGAUGUGCGGUGUUUCAAAUGAGUAUCAGUUCUCGUGUGUCCCAUGGUGCCUAAGACGGCAGACUUAGAUCUGCUCUGUGACAUUUCUCUGUUAUCAUGUUAUUUGUGUUUUAAGUCUCCCGCGGUCAAACAGCAGGGUGGGAGGGGCGAGAGGUUCCCGAAUCCACAAACACACAAAACCUGGUAAAAAAGGUCGCGCGCGGAGUCGCCAUACAGGGUAAAAAGCUCGCGGCUUUCUUAAUCGGCCCCAUUUCUGACCGCGGGAGGGUUAAAAAAAAAAAAAGAAGAAGAA